GGCUCUUGUACCAGGAGUAUCGAGAUAAAUCUACGCGGCAGGAGAUUGAAACCAGGCGACUGCAGGAUUCACAGACAGACCCUGAGGAGAGUUCCCCCAGCGAGGAAACCCCCUCUGAAGCAGAACCUACAAGUACAACUGAAAACAAAGCUCCACCACAAAUCAGUUUGCUGAGGAACUCCAACUCCAGGUUCAACUUAUGGCAGGAUCUUCCCGAGAUCCGCAGCAGCGGGGUCCUCAGCAUCCUCCAGCCCGAUGAGAUCAAGCUGCAGGAGGCCAUGUUUGAGCUGGUUACUUCCGAAGCCUCGUAUUACAAGAGCCUGAACCUGCUGGUGUCUCACUUCAUGGAGAAUGAACGUCUGAAGAAGAUCUUGCACCAGUCUGAGGCUCACAUCCUCUUCUCCAACGUCCUGGACGUCAUGGCCGUCAGCGAGCGCUUCCUCCUGGAUCUCGAGCAGCGUGUGGAGGAGAACAUUGUGAUCUCAGACGUGUGUGAUAUUGUCUACCAGCACACAGUCAAUCACUUCUCUGUGUACAUCACCUACGUCUCCAACCAGACCUACCAGGAGAGAGCUUACAAGCAGCUUCUGCAGGACAAGCCAGCUUUCCGGGAGCUGAUCUCACAGCUGGAGCUGGAUCCCAAGUGCAAAGGCCUCUCCUUUUCUUCCUUCCUGAUUCUGCCAUUUCAGAGGAUCACUCGGCUCAAGCUGCUGGUGCAGAAUAUUUUGAAGAAAGUGGAAGAGAAGUCUGACAGGGAAACCACUGCCCUGGAUGCACAUAAAGAACUGGAAACA